GAGGUAGUGAAGCGCCGACGCGGGGAGGGGAGGGAGAGGGAGAGCUGCCUGCGAUGGUUCAUGUCGUCGAGCGGCUGGUGAAGACCGACUAACCCGACCGAACACAGACAUCCGGAGAGAGCGAGAGAGAGAGAGAUAUAUAAAGUUUUUGCAGAAUGGGUGAUCAACGGCAACGUUCGUUAUCCACCUCGGGAGAAUCGCUCUAUGUUGUUCUGGGACUUGACAAAAAUGCUUCUCCAGAUGACAUUAAGAAGUCAUAUAGAAAACUUGCGUUGAAAUACCAUCCUGACAAGAAUCCAGAUAAUCCAGAAGCAUCUGAUAAAUUUAAGGAGAUAAACAACGCUCACGCAAUUCUGACUGAUGCCACAAAGCGGAAUAUUUAUGACAAGUAUGGAUCAUUGGGUCUCUACGUGGCAGAGCAGUUUGGCGAGGAGAAUGUAAAUACAUACUUCGUCUUGUCCAGCUGGUGGGCAAAGGCAUUGUUUGUCUUCUGUGGAGUGAUCACUGGUUGCUACUUCUGCUGCUGCCUCUGCUGCUGCUGUAAUUGCUGCUGUGGCAAGUGUAAACCCAAGCCCCCUGAAGGGGAGGAGCAAGAAUAUUAUGUCUCGCCAGAGGAUCUGGAGGCACAGCUACAGUCAGACAUGGAGAAAGAAUCCAGGCUAUGAAAUUAUUGCCAAUUGAUGCAUGGGCAAUUUAGAGGGAGAUGGAGCAAUUGUGGUGCAGCCAACAUCAGCCACAGAAACAACCCAGCUGACCAGUGACAGUCACCCCAGCUACCACACUGAAUGAUUUAAUUUAACCAAGUUUGCUCUUGUAAUUAAAAAAAAUAUAUUUACAAUUCAUUUCAACACUGGGAUAGUUAAAGCUAUAGAUUGAACGUUCACAAGAUUUCAUGCCCCGUCGAACGCAGCCACCAACAUUGAGAAGACCACCUUCCCUUAUCAUGCCUUUUGCCACUGUAAUUUAAUGCCACAACAAAGUACUGUAGCAGUCAGUAUUUAAAGCCAUUUGACACUUUUAUUUACAUAUUGUGAUGUGUGAAUGGAAUGACGUCAUGUAAUUGUUGAUUGAUAAUAGAAUCGGUGCACAUAAACUACCACUAGAAAUUCAGUGAUAGUCACGUUAACCUGUAGUUUUAUUGGCUUGUGUAGAAUGUUGCCAAUAACCAGUUUGUUUAUAGUGCUUUUUUUAUUUUUAUUUGAUGGGGGAAGCAAGUAAAAAGUGGUAAACUUUGCCUGUCAUUUUGUCGUGCAAUCACGAGAUGUACUCGACUGGAAUCAGUGCGCUAUCCACAUGAAGGGAGUUCUCAGUUAUGGUGAAAUAUCAGAUGCAGCUCAGCAUUACUGCUCAUUGUUGGUCUCAUUCAAUGUGGUAUUUUGAGAUGGUUUCUCACUGCCAAUUUCUGACAUCCAUGUAAUAUUCAAUUGGAUAACCCUCCCCUCCACCCACCCGAAGGGUGGAUUUCUUCAAUAACUCUGUUGCCGGAGACUUGCAGAGAAGAAAUAAAAAUCAUGAUUUUGAAAGCAUUUAAAUAUUUUUACAGGCCCUUGCAAGUGCGUAUGUAAAGUCUAGAUUUUUUUUUUUACAGUUGACAUCUGAAUGAAUACCUUAAUUGCAAUUUACGAUACGAUACAAUACAACUUUAUUCAUCCCAGGAGGGAAAUUAAGGAAAUGAAAACCAGUUUCAAGAAAUGACAUGAACUUAUAAUUGACUUGAUUGAGCCAGGCGGAUUGCUUGAUUGAUUGGUAAUGUGAUGCCCAAGUUAGAAUAAUAUUUGUGGGCAGCACACCUUUGGAAUUAAAAAUAUAUAUACUAUCAGAUUUAAGGGACUGAAAUAGAAUUAAUAUUCAGUACCAGUAAAAUUUAAGAAAUACUUAACCUCAUUCGCUCUCCCUGGUGGAUAACUAUCUAGAGCUUUCCUUAUUUGAUUAUUCUACUGAUUAUUCUUACUCUAUCCCCUAUCACUUUAUAUUUAUCUGCAAUAGAUUGAUGGCUGCAAACUUUGUAGAUCUUCUGAUGCUGCUGGGUCUUGAAUAAAAGAUAAUUUCUAUUUUCUAUGCUUGAGAAGUGUUGAAAUAGCUAGGGCAUGUCAAUUGGCUAAACACAUUUUGCUUACCAUUUCCAUUUUCAAUACAACUGUAUGAACUUUCAAACCCAUGCCUGCAGAAUCAUGAAAGUAUUGACCCUAAAGCUCCCUGUCCCAACUUUAACAUGCAUUCCUCCAUGUUCUGAUAUUUACCGUAUAAAACUGGUACGGUAACUCCAAAUCCAUUUUUUUUUGUUGGUAUUGUGUUCACUGUAAUGAAAGUGUUACCUGUGGAAUUUGCAAUGCUAGCAUAGCUUGGUUUAAUCAAGUGGAUAAGUGUCUCGUCAGCUACACAGUAAUAAUGCCUCUUCCAAUAAUGUGCAAAUGGAAGGGUAAUGUAAAAAAUAAUUGCUUUGUUCUGUAAUGAAUUUGGGUGACCUGUGCACACAGUAUAGAAGUCUUUUUUUUUAAUGGUACCUCUUGUAAAUUAUGUUCCAUUCAUAUGGUUCGUUUCUUGAGCAAAGCAUAUGUAUUUGGUAUUAUAAUUAGAAUUAAACUACCAUUUUUUUUUUUAAAUGACUAUUGGUACAGUGAAGGAGAACAGUGCUUCAUAAGUUCAUUAGUUUAUGAACUUAAAUGAUUCACAGAAUCUUGCAAUACAUUUGAAACAUUCCCUGUAAGACUUAAAUUAUAAGUAGUGCUGUGAGUCUGAACAAAGAGGACAGAUGCUGUCUAUAGUUUUGGAUUUUCUGUUCAUUGUAAACCACAGUGGCUCAAGGUACUGUUCAAAUCCACAACUUGUUGAAAACCACUCGAUUUCUCCAAUGGUCAAACCUUCACGUGGUUUUGAAUGCUAUUUAAAAAUUGUAUUUUAGGUUGGUAUAUUUAGUUGUCCAUCAUUGAAAGCUGCCAUAUUUAGUUUUAAUUUCGUAUGGUUUCAAUUUAAUGACCACUGCUGUUUCUGCGGCACUAUAACGUUGAAGAUAGAAUUCAGACUUGCCAUUUUUGUAGACGAUUAAUUUACUAACGGUGCAAGAUAAAAUGCCCUAGUUUGUUAAACAUUUUCAUAAUAGUGACCAAUUGAGGGAAAAGCAAAACUGGAUAGUGAAAAAACUCUUGUGUUUAUUACAUCGAAUGAUAAUUGCUUCUUUUGUUUUGGUUCCCCACUGCACCCACUAACUCAGUGUCAAGCUCCAAGUUGGAUUGUGAAUGUGUUGUCUAAAAGUCAGUUUGACAUGCCAGGGUUUAAUUUUGUCUUAUCUAAAUAAAACAGAGAUACCUUAACAUACUUUUCAAAUGUGAUGCAUUGCCGAAAUUUACAGAAAUGCUUUUAAUCACUCAGUACAUUUGUCGUGCCAGUCAUCAAAUGAGCGUAUAAUAUUAUUUUUAAAAACUACUACAAUUGAAUAAUAUUGCAAUUUAUAUAAUGCACAUUGCUCUCGCAUGUUACAGGAAUAACACUAAACCGACUGAACAAUAAAUGAUAUGAGAAAAUUGGAUUUGGCUGCAGGUAAAAUAUUGUAACGCCAGAAUGAAUUGUGUGAACUAUUCAAAAUUUGAUAGUAGAUUCUUAAAAUUCUGAUUAUUGGUGUAAAAAUAGAAUCAAACAUUGUUAUGCAAUCUUUUUGGUAUUCUUAAAAGGACCAUAGUUGAAAUUCUAUGUAAGUAGAUGUGGUUAUGUUAACUACAGGACUUGAAGCCCAUGGACUCCUGUACAUACAAUAAAUUGUAAUGUUUUUAGCAUGGUUAUUUAUGUACUGUAUUGCUGAAAAUCAUUGGUAAUUUAUUUGAUUUGCAGUUAUAAAAUAAAUGUUUCCGACGCUUAAA